AUGGCAUCGAACCAAGAUACACUGUAUGAGAAGCGGUCCAGCCAACGACGUGACAUUGAUGAUCCGUGUCAAAUUUGGGUUCUGGGUUUUCAGGCUAAUGUGGCCGUCUCUGGUGACAAUGGUGAUUCUAACGGUCAUAAGUGGUUCCCUGACACUGGUGCUACAGAUUAUGCUACGCUUGAUUUUUCUUUGAUGACUUCUGCGACACGUUAUGAUGGCCCGGAGACUUUGCGAGUCAGCAGUGGGGCAACGGGCGAAUAUAAAAAGCUUGGUUCCACUCUUGCUUCGCUGGGUAUUCGCCACAGGCAAUCCUGUGCGUAUACUCACGAGCAAAAUGGUCGUGUGGAACGCAGACAUCGUCAUGUUGUUGAGACAGGGCUGUCUUUAAUGGCUCAAGCAUCUGUCCCGUAUCGUUUUUGGGAUAUGCUUUUGAAACUGCUGUCUACACCGCGUUCCGAACCGUGGGCUACUGCACCAAUUGUGACGGGCCAAGGAAGUGAUGUCUCGACCACAGUUACUGAUGUCGCUCUGCAGAUUCACGAGCCCGUGGCGGCUUCUGGCGGUGAUGCCGGUCACGGUCACGAGCAGUCCGCAUCGAGUGAGCGGACUGUCUCAGACCAGCAGGUUGAACAGUGCGGCAGGCCGCGUGGACGUCCUCGACGUGCUACUCCGCCUCCUCGGUCGCAUAGCAUGAACACUCGCAGCUCCGGCCCGCAUAAACAUGUUGUCUUAACCACUAUUUCCACUAUAUUGCCUGAGCGUACCUGUUACUCUCAGGCGGUUAAGUUUCCUAAGUGGCGUGAUGCAAUGGACGCGGAGUUCAAUGCCUUGGUCCAUAAUCAUACGUGGCGUCUCGUUCCAUCUCAACCAGCCGUAUCUCGUGGGUGGUCUAUUCGCCAGUUGGAUAUUCACAACGCCUUUUUAAAUGGCGAGUUAGCUGAAACUGUUUACAUGCGACACGCACUUGGUUAUGAGGAUACGUCGUUACCUAAUCAUGUAAGUUUGCUUAAAAAAUCUCUAUACGGUCUCAAACAGGCUCCACGUGCAUGGUUCACAAGGCUACAUGAUUUUCUUGUCUCUGUGGGCUUCUUGCCUUCUAAGAUGGAUGUGUCUCUUUUUAUCUAUUCUCAUGACAAUAUUCGUCUUUAUUUCUUGGUGUAUGUUGAUGACAUUUUAAUUAUGCGUUCUGACUCAGAUCGUGUUACUGCUCUUAUUGAUAAAUUAGCACUUGAAUUUAAAGUUCGUGAUAUGGGUGUGGCUUCUUUCUUCUUGGGAAAAGAAACUGUCCCAUUAUCUGGCGGUAUGCUUUUAUCCCAACAAUGGUACAUGAAGGAUAUUCUCAAACGUGCUGACAUGGUGGACUGCAAGCCAGUAAUCACGCCUAUCUCUUCUACGAAAAUCAUAGACAACGUGGCCGUUCCCUAUGCCGAUCCAACACAAUACAGGAGUUUUGCUGGUGCUCUCCAGUAUCUUACGAUAACUAGUCCGGAUCUAUCUUAUGCUGUUAAUCUAUUGUGUCAACAUAUGCAUGCUCCCACUACUACAGUCUGGGCCUCUCUAAAGAGAGUCCUGCUGUAA